GCUGCGUAAUUCUUUUCCAGAGCCCGCCACCAGCCAAGUCCCAUGGGGAUUGUAUGUAAAUAUCUAAGCCACGUGCUGAUAAAGGAUUAUUGACAAAGGAAGCGCCUGGGCAAGCCUGGGCCUGUCUCAUAUCAAUGAUAGGUCUCUCUUAUGUGUCUCUGAGUGUCAACUUUUUGUGGUUAUAACGGAAGUGAUCUCAAAAGGAUCACCUUGGUGCAAUGGGCGUAAAAAUAGGCUCUCUGCAGUGAAUUUAAUUGAUACACGUAUGACGGCCUUUGAGCAUGAACAGGAAAAAGUCGGCCCUGUGCAGCGGAGGGUUCAAAUACAUGUAUUCUAUAUUUAUUCAGUGUGUGAAGUAAAUGAGUGUUAACAUCGAAAGGAAGUCGUACAUGAUAAUACGUAUAUAAUUGUGCUGGCAAAAUAGGACAAUGAGACUGUUGAAACAAUCGCCGUAGUAGGAUAUCGAUACGCCCCGCAAAAGCAGAAUUUCGAUCCACUGUGAGAUAGCAUUAAUGGAAAACAUAAUUUGCGUAUGGCCCUUAUACGUGUUGCAAUCUUGAGUAGCUGCAAUCAAUGGCCUGCCACCGUGGGGUAUUGGUCACUUCUAAUUUCAGCCGCAGCCAUGACUUUGGGACAUGGUCAUGUGAUUAUGUGACUUGCGCUUCAGUGCUUCGAUACAAGCUGCUUGUGUGUGUUAUAAAGGGAUGAUCAUCCGCUCAGCCUCAUAAUUUUUUACGUCAAGAUUGCCUGAGCUGAGUGUGAAGAAGCCACGAAGCCUUGAUCUGUACAAAGUGAAGGCAACCUCAAAAGAAGGUUUGAAAGCAUACUUCACUUAUCUUGCAUGAGAAAAUACAAACCCGAGUGCAUCUUCUCUUUGAAGAACGCUAGGUUAGGAUUGUACCCCUUGAAUAGUGAUAUGGUUCAUUGUGCCAUGAAUACACCAGCCAACGCUCUGAACUAGAGUGCAGCACCUCGAUCUGAACUGGCUGAGGAGAUUAAUUACUGUCCCCAAAUUGGUGACCAUUCAUCAGCUGAUACGACCUUCCUGAUUCAAGACCAUCUGUUUAAGGAGACAAGACUCAAUAGGACAACGAAAAAGUUCUUUCACAGUAAGUUUACUACACCAGGCACUGGACCACCAUGUCAUCAACCAAGCGCAGUUGCCAUGACGUCAGCGACCAGCCUCCACUUAAGAGGCACUUUCCCUUGGGCCAGGACCUCUCUGCCCCCAGCAGUCCCGUGCAGGAACUGUUACAGCAGGCCGCGGGCUUUGCCUGCACGCUGACGGACCAGCAGUUUGCCAGGUGCAUGGAUCGCAUUGAUCCCCUUCGCCAUCUCCGGGAGGAGUUCGAGAUUCCGAGGAUGAACACAAUACCGACAGUGGAUGAGUCUGUUGUCAACAUGGAGGAUGACGGUAUAUACAUGUGUGGGAACUCCUUGGGCCUGAUGCCUCGCUCCAUCAGGGGCAUUGUUUCCCAAGAAUUGGACAAGUGGGCAAAUAUGGGAGUUCUGGGACACUUUUCAGGGAGCAUGCCGUGGGCCAUGUCAGAUGAGCUCUUGGUGGGAAAAAUGGCUAAGCUUGUUGGAGCCAAUGAAGACGAAGUGGCCAUUAUGAAUGGGUUAUCAGUCAAUAUACACAUGCUUCUGGUGUCUUUUUAUAGGCCAACUAAGGAACGCCAUAAAAUCCUCAUUGAAGACCACGCUUUCCCAUCCGAUCACUAUAUUGCCGAGUCUCAGAUAGAUUUGCAUGGGUUCAAUCCCCAAACCAGCCUGUUAACUGCAAAAGCAAGAGAGGGGGAGCACUGCCUUCAAAUGGCUGAUCUGAUGGAUUUGAUAGAGCGUGAAGGGGAUAGCAUUGCCGUCAUCAUGCUACCUGGAAUCCAAUACUACACUGGCCAGGUGUUUGAUAUGAAAGCUAUCACAGAGGCUGGACAUAAAAAGGGAUGUGUGGUUGGCUUUGACUUGGCCCAUGCUGUGGGCAAUAUUGAGAUGCAUUUACACGACUGGAAUGUGGACUUUGCAGCCUGGUGUACGUACAAGUAUCUGAAUUCUGGUGCUGGUGCUUCAGCGGGGGCAUUUCUUCAUGACAGACAUUCCAGGAACAAUCAUCCCCGACUGACUGGUUGGUGGGGCCACCAGAUGACUACAAGAUUUCAUAUGGAUAACAAAAUGCAUCUAGCACCAGGCAUCGCGGGUUAUAGAGUCACUAACCCGUCCUUCAUGGCCAACAUACCGGUCAAAGCUAGCUUGGAGAUUUUUGCUAAGACUUCCCUGAGCGCUUUGCGUAAGAAGUCCCUGCUGCUGACUGGCUACCUGGAGUAUUUGGUUAGGCUGUACUUCAGCAGACCACAGUCUCAGUCACAGAAUGAGAGCAUCGGCAAGACGGAGAGUGAUGCGGCAACGGGUGUUUAUAUUGACAUCAUCACUCCUAGUGACCCAGCUGAGAGAGGUUGCCAGCUCUCCCUGAUGUUCAACACAACCAUAGAUGAUGUACUUACCCAGCUAUUCAAGAGAGGAGUCUUGUGCGACGAAAGGAAGCCUAAUGUCAUUCGCAUCGCUCCAACUCCCCUCUACACCAAGUUUGAGGAUGUGUGGCGGAUGAUCCAGGCACUGCGCGAUUCUCUCGAUGCAGUCAAACAACAGAAGUGUGGGCGGAGCUUGGAUGAAUUAGACUGAAUGUGGGAUAAUGCCCCACUGGGCUGAGCAGAACACAGUAUGUGGAAAAUUUUCUGCAUUACUUUAUAUGCCAUCACUACCUCAAAGCUUCACCUUUUGGAAACUGUGUAAUGUAAUGAGGCGGAAAAAAGUUUCUUGUCGGGUUUGUUUGUCUUUUUCAUUUUUUAAAGGCAGCAAUUUAAUGAUUUAUUUUUAUGAUGGCAGAGAUUUCCUAAAUGGCAGAUAAAUUUUUGUGAUGCCUGUGCUGAUUAUUUUGUGUCUGAAGGAGUGCUCAACAGAGGUUUUAAACUUGUAAGUGUAGCUAAAAUUUUUAUUAGAAAGAAAUGAAUGGUGAAAAAUUUGUGGUAAAUUUACGCCCUCCUUCACCAAUUUAAAUCGAAGCAAAACAAAAGUGGUGGGGAGAAACAGAAACAGAUGGAGAACUGCUUUUUUUUUUACUUGGCCUUGCAUGUCUACAUGCACAUUUAAAGUAUGAAUUCCCUGAAUGAUGAUAUCAUGAGUUGAUAAACUAUUAUUUGUGAAUCAAGGAUAAAAAUCCCUCCAAUACGGCAGUUCAGGCUUAAAGUAAUUUCAUAUAAUUUGUAGAGUGUUCACAUUUUUAUCAUGGUUAUGCCUAAUCAAAUUUUACUUUCAACUUGUCAGAAAAUGUUGAAGGACAGAAGAAAGUAUUUUGAUGGCAAGGCCUAUGUGGCUAACUUUGAUGCAUUUUUCAGUACCUGUCUGUUGAUAUUGAUGAUUAAUAAGGAAAUAAAUAUGUGCUUGGCCGGUCUUAAACGUGCAUUUACAUGUAAGACUGACUCAAAUGGACAUGAGGGGAGGGCAUUAUCAGCAUUCAUUCUCCUGAUCCUGCCUUUAACAUUAGUUUAAGACUGACAAAGCAGGUAUUUAUUCC